AUGUCGGCUGAAUCGGGCGAGGUGGCCUCUUCUCCGGAGCAGGAGACGAAGCUCUACAAGAGGAGGUACCUGAUGCUGGGCAUGUUCGUCCUCCUCUCCGCCUCCAAUGCCCUUCAAUGGAUCGAAUACGCAAUCAUUGCACAUAUCUUCACCGAUUUCUAUGGAGUGAGUUAUGACGCGAUCAAUUGGACCUCCAUGAUUUAUAUGUUAAUGUACAUGUUGUUGGUGUUCCCGGGAAGGUAAGAACUCAGUUCAUUGUACAUAGAGUUGUUGUUAAUUGUUGUGAAAAGUAAACCUUUGGUUAUUGUUAACAUGUGGAAUUGUUUAACCGAAAAACUAACUUUUUGUGGGGGUGGAAAAGACCAAGUGUAAUAUAAUACGAUAAGAAACUUGGAGAAGAGAUCUGAAUAUGCAAAAAACAAACAUUGCUAAUCAUUCAUGGAGUUCUGUUUUGCAGAUUCAUGUUAUCGACCGUGGUUAUUUCUUGUUUUUUUUAUAAAAAAUAAUUAUUUUUACAAUUUAAAAUUAAGCAGUAAUUUUGAAACUAGUACCAAACAAAUUGGAUAGCCAUUCUGAGGCCAAUUAUAAGCAGAUUGAAGUGGCCAAGCAAUGGGGGAAACUAAUUCCAUCUGAUUUAUGUUCUCCUUCUUCACAAAAAAAAGAUUCCUCCACUCGAUUACAACGUCAUCCAAUACUUUUUUAACACUUUUUGUGACCUUUUUUAUGUUGUUUAGCAUACAGGAUAAGGGAAAAAAGAAAAUAAGAUCACCUUACUAAAAUAUUGUAUUAAUCAUUUAUUUGUUUGAUUACAAUUUAAAAUAAGUCGAUGGUUGAAAACUGUAAUAGGCCUUCUUGAAAGUUAGCGGAUAGAUUGAGACUUCUUUAUUGAUGACAAAAAGGCCUUUAUGUCAAUUUUAAAUUUUUUAGCAAAGUCAACGUUCUGUUAAUUUUUGUUUUUAACGGAGCCGGGUAGUUGUUCCAGUAAUCCCUUCCAUUCAAACCUUUUCUUUUUUUCCUUGAAAUUCCCUGAAAACAUUUUUUUUUCUUUUUUCUCUGACCCAUCUCCUUUUUUCGCACUCUUUCUUCGAAUUUGCAACGUUGAAUUAAACCGUUGUCCUUGCAAUUGAAUAGCCGCCUUUCUGCAGGGUUCCUCACUUUUUUGUAAAGGUAAUCCUUCAAGGAUUAUGGCCACACUUUGUCAAAAGAAUAAAAAGUAAAUGUUUGAAGGGCUUUUGUAAAUAGAAAAGAGCACCGAUCUCGCGCACACGGUCCCAUGGGGGAUCUCGGGAUUUGAUAGAUGGAUUAAAGAGGCACAAAAUACACAAAGAAAAAGUCUGAGAUCAAAUCAAUUGGGCAGACUGGAACAAUAUUAAUUUAUAGACAUUGACCUUUUCAACUCGAUUAAGUACUAAUAACACUCUUAGGAAAGGGAGUUUAACGUUCUUAGAGCAAAGCAACGCAGUCUUCAGAAUAUUUUUGGUUGUUUUUUCAAAUUCAAUAUCGUAUUUCAAUAACUAUUUAUAUUAACGCAGUGCCAGGAAGAUCUUUUUAAUUGUACCACUAAUAACUUCAUGGAAGACCUUGAUCAAGGUCUUUUUUGCAAGUGUUAUUCAAUUUUGCGAACAAUCCGAGUUUUUGUCAUCUUGCGACAGAAUGCCAAAAAAUGUGAAAAAGAAAAAUUCGAAUUUUGAGAUCGGAAUUAAUCGAAGAUCGGCCCAAUUAUAAUAUUAUGUAAUAUUAUAACAGUGUUUCUCUUACCGAAAAGUUACCGUAGUAAAUGCAACGUCGAAAGUUUUAUUUUCAGUUGGUUUUUGGACAAAUUCGGUCUCCGAAAGUCGAUCCUGAUCGGGGCCUUUGGAAAUUGCUUCGGGGCUUGGCUCAAAAUCCUCUCCACACAUCCAGGUAUCCCUCUCACUUUAAAAAAUAAUUCUGAAUUACUAAUUCAACCCAUUUUAUAUCUUCAGACAAGUUUUGGCUGACUUUUGUGGGCCAAACGAUCGUCGGAUCUUCGCAGGUUUUUAUCCUCGGAAUCCCCCCUCAACUAGCCGCUACCUGGUUCGGCCCCGAACAGGUUAGUACUGCUUGUUCGGCCGGGGUCUUCGGGAAUCAGCUGGGGAUUGCGUUGGGAUUCCUGAUUCCCCCAUGGCUCGUGAAAACGGGGACCAAAGAACAAGUGGCCUAUGAUUUGAGUGUGCUUUUCCUGAUCUCGGCCGUCGUCAACACCUUCGUUUUUGUGCUGGUCGUGCUCUGUAAGUGGUUUCUGAUCCUUUCCCUAUAGCAUCAGUUUGAAGAACUCCUUUUUCCGAUCGCAAGUUAUGUAUUAAUUUAGUCUUCAAAGAGAAGCCAAAACUCCCUCCGAGCUUGGCCCAAGCUCAAGCCCUCGAGGAAACUGUCGGGCACAGUUUUUGGUCAUCCAUCAAGGAGCUCUUGUGCAAUGUUAACUACAUGCUACUACUCAUCACUUAUGGUAAACAUUAAUUUUGAUUUUUUGUCAAGGACAAUAUAAUUAAUGUCUAUGACUACCCUUUUCAGGUAUAAAUGUUGGUGUAUUCUAUGCAGUGUCCACCCUUCUCAGCCAAAUGGUCUUAUUCUACCAUGAGGGCGCUCAAGAAGAGACAGGGACCAUCGGUCUUCUCAUUGUUGUCGCGGGGAUGUUCGGAUCCGUCGUUUGUGGAUAUAUUUUGGAUACAACCCAUAGAUUCAAGUGAGUAUAGAGAUGAAUUAUCAAAUUUUACUCUUUAUUUAUUCAUUUUUGCUACAUUUUUAAAUAAAUGUAGACUUUAUUUAUCAGUAAAUUGAACUAAGAGAGUCCCAGAGAAACCGUCGUAUUUUAUAUUUUCAGAGGCACCACCCUGGCCGUGUACAUCCUCUCUUUCGCCGGGAUGAUCCUCUUCACCUUCACAUUACACUUGGAUCUGUGGAUUACAUUUGUUGUAGCUGCGGCCCUCGGAUUUUUCAUGACCGGAUAUCUUCCGAUUGGCUUCGAAUUCGCGGCCGAACUCACGUUCCCAACCCCGGAGGGGACAACUUCGGGUCUCUUGAAUGGAUCGGCCCAGGUCUUCGGCGUUUUGAUGACCACCGGCAUGGGGAAAGUGAUGUAUUCGAUGUCCAUCUGGUGGUGCAAUAUUCUGAUGUGCGGGUUCUUGUUGGUUGGAGUCAUUCUAACCGGUAAGUGGGCACUAUACUCAUCACUACAGGUUCAUCGAUCUCUUGGCCUUAUUUUUAUACUGUUUCUGAACAAGUCCGUCUUUCAAAAAUUAGGAUUACCAUAGCAAAUUUGCGAAGCGUGACUUCAACUUUUUUCUCAAAAUUAGACGCCCUAAAAGGCCGAAAAAUAAACCAAAAAAAUCGGCUUCAAUUGUAAUUCGUCAGACCAAUCCUUUUCUCAAUGUUUUGGUCAAGUUUCAUCAAAAUUUGUCACACUUCCAAAAGGUUACAGCAACCAAAAAAUGUAACAAUUUUGUGCAAGAUCCCAAAAUUUCAACAUGUCUCUAUUAUUAUCAGCACGGCCAGCCCAUAAAUCUCCCUUUUUCACGUUGGUUUUCAAUUGUUUUAAUGACCUUAUUCUAGCCCUGAUAAAGUCGGAUCUCCGCCGUCAACGAGCCCAUCAAAAGCACCGUCCCACCAUCGACCCUCUGCUGGAGAAGGCGGAUCAGUGA